GCAAACUGAUGAGCUGGGAAAGAUAGAUCCAUCUGAGAAAAAAGUCUUUUGGUCACAGCAUGUUGCCAGCAUUACGCUGAGCCUCGUCAUGUUCCUUGUUGGCCUGGCUAAUGGCUGGUCGUCGCCGUAUUUGGCCCAAUUAUCGCUCAAAGAGACCGUCGAUGGAAUACCGAAAGCCACCGACGAGCAAUUGUCUUGGGUGGCCUCCCUUAUGAAUAUCGGACGAAUAUUCGGUGCUGCUGCUGGUGCCGUGUUUCAGGAGACUAUGGGUAGAAAGAUGUCCCUGUACUUUUCCGGUCUGCCCAUGAUGAGCGGUUGGAUUUGCGUGGCCGUGGCCACGACUGUCCAAUGGUUGUAUGCCGCUCGACUCCUCUGUGGCUUCGCCAUGGGCAUGAUUUGGACGACCCUUUCACUCUACCUGGCCGAGAUAGCCGACCCCGAGAUUCGUGGCUCACUGAUACUAUGGAAUAUAACCACCCAAUCAAUCGGUCUAUUCAUCGGCAAUCUCAUGGGUCCAUACAUCUCCAUGAGGGUCUUCUCUUACAUCAGCCUCGUGCCCAACAUCCUGUUCCUCAUGAUUUUCCACUUGAUACCCGACUCACCCUACCAACACAUCAUGACUGGAAAUGUGGACAAAGCCGAGGCAUCCCUUAAAUGGUUUCGUAGAAAGGACAACGUCAAACUCGAACUCCAAGAGCUUCAAGAUUACGUCAGCUCUUCAAAAAUAUCUCUAAUGGAUAGACUACGAGAGCUGAAUGAACCACGUUACCGUAAAAGCUUCAUGAUGAUGUUCCUGAUAAAUAUUUUUGGCUACUUCGGUGCUUACAACGUGAGCAACAAUUACAUGGAAAUAAUAGUCGCGAACAGCCGAGCUAACGUUACCCCAAGCACAAUUGUAACGGCUACGGGUCUCUGUUCGAUAAUUUCUGGCUUACUUGCAACGUUCCUCGUCGACAAAUUCGGCAGACGACUCCUCCUAGUAAGCUCAAGCCUUGGGAUGGCUCUCUCCCUUACGAGUUUGGGCCUGCACUUCCGGCUCCUGGAUCUAGGACACGAUCCAAAACCACUUACCUGGUUACCAUGUAUCUGUCUCCUCUUUUACACGAUCUCUUAUUCAGCGGGUUGCGGAUGUAUACCUACUGCUCUAAUGGGUGAGCUAUUCUCGCCGAAGCUCAAGACUAUCACAAGUCUCAGUUUUAGCGGUACCUCGGCUGUAUUUUCUUCACUCUCAACCGGGACUUUCCUACCCUUUCUCAACCUUAUUGGGGCCAAUUAUCUAUUUUGGUUCUUUGCUGCGGGAGUGUACAUUUCUGUUGUAUACUAUUACUUCUAUAUGCCGGAAACGAUGGGUAAAAGCUUAAAAGACAUACAACAGCCUAUUUCUAAAAGUUAAGACCAAAUGUCCAAUAUGGCGAUGGCUUGAGCUUUUUCAACGACUUAAUGUGUACACUUUUAUCUGAUUUUGCAAAACUAAUGUGAUUUGUAUAAUUGUUAACACCAACUUUUUUAUAAUUACAUAACCAAUUAUGUAAAGACAUUUAUAAUUCAUUUCUAUUAAUAU